UGAAAAACAUUUAUUUUAUCCUUUGAAAAAAUAUGAAAAAGAAUUUACAAAAGAGUCUUUAAAAGAACUGGAUGAUUUAGUUAGCAAAAAUUCAAGUUAUUUAGAAGUUGAAAACUUUAUAUAUUUGUUUUCUAAGUUAGAGAUUAAUAAAUCUUCAAGUUUAAUUGAAGAAGUUGUACAUAGUAAUAAGAAUUUUGACAUUACUGAUUUGAUAAGUAAUUAA